AUGAUAGAGGUGGCCACAAAGAAAUCAACAACUCUUAACGAUAAGGAUACAAUAACCAAAUUACCCAAUAUUGUCAAACAGUCGAAUCAGUACAGUGUUUUUGAUCAUGACAAAGUUUUACCUUCAGUUUUACCUAUUUUCAAAGAAUUAGAAGAAAUUGAUCUUCAAAUUCAUCACUGGGAAAUUGAUGACUGGACUUCCCUGAGUAAUCGUUGUCAUGGACCGAUAUUCAAAGCAGCAGGUUAUGAAUGGCGCGUUUUAUUAUUUCCAAAAGGAAAUGGAGGGCAGCAUGAUAUGGUCUCCAUCUACUUGGAAGUGGUCAGAGACAACAUCAACCACAAUAAUAAGAACAACACUUUGUCUUCUUCCUCUUCCUCGACCUCCUCUGCAGCUUCAUCAUCGAAUGACAAAAAUUGGUCCGUUUGCGCUCAAUUCGCCAUUGUCAUUUCUAAUCCUGAUAAUCCGAAGCAUUAUUUUUCUAAUAACGCUCAUCAUCGCUUUUGUCAAGAGGAAAUUGAUUGGGGCUUCACUCGCUUUUACGAACUCAAACAGCUACUCUAUGGCAAACACCCAUAUAUCAAUCAUCAGAACAGAACCACCAUUUCUAUCUUUUUGCGAGUCGUCAAAGAUGAAACAGGCGUUCUUUGGCAUAAUCUUAUCAAUUACGAUUCGCGCAAAGAAACAGGUUAUGUCGGUAUCAAGAAUCAGGGCGCCACCUGCUAUAUGAACUCAUUGAUUCAGUCCCUCUAUUUUACCAACGUUUUCAGGAGGGCCGUGUAUAAAAUCCCCACAGAAAAGGAAGAUCCGAAUAAUAGUGUAGCUCUGGCAUUACAACGCUGCUUCUAUAAUCUGCAAUUUUCAGACGAAGCAGUAGGCACAACAGAACUUACAAAGUCCUUUGGGUGGGAUUCAUUGGACUCCUUCAUGCAGCAUGAUGUGCAAGAAUUCAGUCGAGUGUUACAAGAUAGUUUAGAGGCCAGAAUGAAAAAUAUACCAGCAGUGGACGGAGCUGUCAAUCAUAUAUUUAUGGGCAAAAUGAAAAGUUACAUUAAAUGUAUAAAUGUCGAUUACGAAUCAUCAAGAGUAGAAGAUUUUUAUGAUAUACAAUUAAAUGUGAAAGGCUGCAAAGAUUUGCACGAAUCUUUUCAAAAAUAUGUGGAUGUAGAAAUAUUGGACGGAGAGAAUAAAUAUAUGGCAGAGGGACAUGGGUUACAAGAUGCUAAGAAAGGCGUUUCGUUUGAAAGUUUUCCACCAGUAUUGCAUUUACAAUUAAAAAGAUUUGAAUAUGAUAUGUAUAGAGAUACAAUGGUGAAGAUUAAUGAUCGCCACGUGUUCCCUGAUCAAAUCAAUUUGAACGAAUUUUGCUCUGUACAAAGCGAAGACCCAAAAGAAAGGAAUUAUGUACUCCACGGAGUACUAGUGCAUAGCGGCGAUAUUGAUGGUGGGCAUUACUUCGCCUUACUAAAGCCUGAAAAGAAUGGUAAAUGGUAUAGAUUUGAUGACGAUAGGGUAACGCCGGUUGCCUUAAGAGAAGUAUUUGAAGAUAAUUAUGGCGACGAUCCUUAUACUUCUGAUGAAGAUGAGGACACUGAAGAUAAUAAAAAUCAACAUAAAGGAGAUAAACAGCUCAGAUGCACAAAUAUACGAGAGUUGAAACGGUUCACCAAUGCUUAUAUGCUGGUUUAUUUUCAAGAAACAAGGUUAGACGAGAUAUUGCAACCGAUUGACGAAAACGAAGAUAUACCAAAACAUUUGAGACACACGUCUUCUAGACCUAGCUUACGAGAUAAUGCAAAAGCUUUUAAAAAUGAAGUUCUGAAUAACUUGCUGCCUACAUCAUCACCGCCUCAUUCGCCUUUAUCGCAACAACUUCAGCAACAACAUGACAUGCAGCAAGGUACAUUUCAAAAUAGUAAUAAUAAAAAUACGCAGAUUCGAAUGAAGAAGUCAUCGCCCUCACCAACCGCUUCCAGAAAGCAUUCGAACCAGCAUGCAAUAUCAUCACCAACGUCACCAACAACUACAACCACAUCAGAUAAAAAAUGUUGUAUCAUGUAA